UGCAGCUUUUCUGCACAAUCCAAAUGGCCCAUCCUAUGGUGGACGUACUUCUGAGUGACUCCAUGCCAAGGGAACUGUUUUGGAAGCAACACACCGAUUUCCUCUUGGGCUACGAAAAGCAGGAUCUUUGCACACUAGAUUAUCUGAAAUUGUCCGGCAUGUUUUGGACACUUACGGCUUUGGAUUUACUUGGGGAAUUGAAUCUCAUCGACAAGGAUUCCGUCGUCGAGUUUGUUCUCUCUUGUCAAAAUUCAGAUGGUGGCUUAUCACCCGCACCUUCUCACGAUUCCCAUUUGCUGUCCACUUUAAGUGGUCUACAAGUUAUGGCGUUGCUGGACUGUAUCCACCGUCUAAACACUGACGCCAUAGUCCGAUAUAUACUUAACCUACAGCAACCGGACGGUAGCUUCUGGGGCGACGAAUGGGGUGAGGUUGAUACCCGUUUUUCAUUUUGUGCGAUCGCCUCACUAUGUUUACUGGGUCGGUUGGAUGAAUGUAUCAAACUUGGUCACCUAAACAAGGACGCCUGCGCGACGUACCUGGAACGGUGCCAAAAUUUAGAUGGCGGAUUCGGCACCAAACCGGGCAGUGAGUCCCACGCAGGUCAGGCGUACUGCGUGAUAGGUUCUCUCUCCUUGCUACGCGAAUUACGACGGUUGCACUUGGAGCGUGCCUCAUGGUGGCUUGCAGAACGUCAAAUGCCGAGUGGUGGGCUGAAUGGAAGGCCAGAGAAGAAACCGGACGUGUGUUACUCAUGGUGGGCUCUAGCCACUCUCACAAUACUCGGUCGAAGCGCAUGGAUCAGCGCUAGAAAGUUGACGCGUUUCAUCCUGGCCGCACAGGACACAGAAACUGGUGGAAUCGCUGAUCGUCCAGGAGAUGUUCCCGACCCGUUCCACACACUUUUUGGCCUCGCUGGCCUUUCGCUCAUCGCCCAGGCAGAUUGUCCAUCCACCACAAACGUUACUAAUGACAGGGUCGGUGAUAUAAUUGAGGAUGAUUUUGUAACCGCAGCUCUUUUGACGGUGAAAACCCGUCUCAAGCCCAUCAAUCCGGUGUUUUGUAUGCCCCAAUACGUGAUUGACCGUAUGCACCUAAAAAUGCAAUUGAUUACAUAAUCCGGCGAGCUAGCUUUUUCUUGUGCAUUUUUUCACAAAUGAACUAUGAUCAUUUUGAGUGACUGUAUCUGGUCUGCCUCCAAUGGCCAUCCCGUUCUUCUCUUUUUGCACAUUUUUUGUAUUUUUCCACUAUCCCUUUUAUGCUGCCUGACUAAAUGAUAUUCUCUUGUGGCCAUUCGUUCGAUGCCCUUCAUUCCGGAUAACUUGGCUUACUGCAAAGGGAGUUGGCCGCUGAUCACCUAUACAUAUUUGCGAAAAUAAAUGGGUCCACCUGCAGAGAGAUUAUCGUAUCACUCGCAGUCUCACCAUCUCCUUCGAUCUGCACCGUGGACGAUUCUUACCGGAGGUCUUGCUAGUAACUUCCAAGUUCCUCUUAUCCUGUCCGGUCGCUUCUUGCGAAAAUUCUUGAUCUUGAGAAACUUUUGCAACGGAGAAUUUUGGAGCGCAAAUAUCGUGGUGCUGCAAAAAAUUGGUUGCAUCCUGACAUUGAGGAUGAAGUCGUCCAAGUUCAUGGUUAUUGACAUUUUCGACCCGAUCAAAGAGAAAAGCCUCAGCAUCGCAGUGAUCACCUACAUUAGUGAAGACUAGUGUACAUCUGUUUCAUAGCUGACCACUUACUCAACAACUUCAUUAAGCUGUCAUCUGUUGGAACGUAAAACAAGUUUCCU